GCCUUGUUCUUGAAUGGUUUGGCGAUUAAUUAGUUGAGGCACACGAAUAUGAAUGAUCUGAUGAUCUUUACUAUCAUUCUUCUUUUGUUACUCUUCCUUCACUGUGUGAGUGAUUUAUUAUUUCCAUGCAUUCAAAUCCAAAUCAGUGAAGGUUUUUGCAAACAUCAUCAAGAUGAUGAAUGGAAAAGCCUCCGUCUCUAAGGAACUUAAUGCCAAACACAUCAAGGUUCCAUUUUCCCUUUUACUCUUUAUUUUAUUUUAAUUUAUUUAUUGAUGCUUUCCAGUUGAUACAGGUUUUAGAGGGACUUCUUAGGCUACCUGACAAUAGGGAAUGUGCAGAUUGCCGGAAUAAGGCACCACGAUGGGCAAGUGUGAACCUAGGAAUUUUCAUUUGCAUGCAGUGUUCAGGAAUUCACCGAAGUCUUGGAGUACACAUAUCACAGGUGCGGUCUACAACUUUGGAUACAUGGUUGCCAGAACAAGUGUCUUUCAUGCAACUUAUGGGUAAUGUGAAUGCCAAUAAGCACUGGGAGGCAGAGCUGCCGACAAAUUUUGACAGAAAUGGAUAUGGAAUCGACAAAUUUAUUCGGGCCAAGUAUGUGGAUAAAAAAUGGGCUUCAAAACAUGGUCUACAAGCAGCAUCUGCAAAGUCAUCUGAAACAUUGAGGAAUCAUCAAAGGAAUAGAAGAUUGUCUCUUGAGGAAAGCAUUCUUGUGGGCCACAUGGCGCAAAUUCAGCCGCCACAGCCGCAAGUUGCAAAAUCUCAUGAGAUCCCCUCAGGUUUGGAAAGAAAGAAAAGUGCACCACAAGUAAAGAUCAGGGGGCCAUCGGCAUCACUUGAUUUUGAUAAUCUCACAAGAAAUGGAAACAGUACUACCGUUGAUCUUUUUGCCUUUCUUAAUUUCAAUGAUAAUAAUAAUAAUAAUAAUAAUAAUAAUCAAAAGGCUGUCUUCUCAUCAUCAUCAGCAACUUCAACUCCUACAAGCUGGACAACAUUUGAUUGUAAGAUCACAACAAUCAUAUAUAAUUAUUAUAUAUUCUUGUGUAUUGUGUUUUUUCAACUUCUAAAUUAUUAAAUCAAAUAUUAUUUAUGUUUGCAGGAGAUUACAUUAUUUGUAUGUAAAUAUGUACAAGGGUGUUAGUAUAUAGAUUGUUGCUUUGGGUAGGUGUAACAAGAUUAUAUAGUUGCAGAGGAUCUUGCAGUGUGGCAAAACCUUUGUGAAUUGAGGAGCAUGCUAAGCUUACCAUUAGGAUUUAAUUAUUAAAGGCUGCACCACUUUGGCAUUGAUAUCUUUCGUGUAGCUCCCUAGCUAUGACUUAUUAGUUGCUAACGUAGCCAUUUUGAUGAUUGGGGAAUUGGUAG